AUGCGUUUGCAAGACAACGCAUCGGACGGCAAUUGCCUAUUUCAGGCUGUAGCAGACGUGCUGCAGGAUCAGGGCAGAACGAAACGGACGGCUUCGGAGAUGAGGACCUUGGCUGUGACCCAUCUUAGGCGGCAUCAACGGAGUUUCCAAGGAUUUUGGCGUGGAGACGCCCCCGACGCCAAUGGCUCGUGUAUCGCCUCCCAAGGCUUCGGAGAAUAUCUCACUAGGCUUGCCCAACCGGGCGCUUGGGGGGGCAGCCUCGAGCUGUCUGCCCUGGCCAACACCCUCGACCAGCCGAUUUUCAUUUGCCGUCCAGAUGAUGAUGGGCUGAGGGUUUUCAAUCCAGCGGGCAAGGGCAGAGCGAUUUGCCUUUGGUUUGAGAAGAGGCACUACCAGGCUGUUGUUGGAGGUCCGGUGCCCAAGCAGGACAUCGCCGAUGCGAAGCCUGCUGUGAUUGGCUUGGCUGCGGACCGCGGAGGUGGACCGUCUUCGUGUGCUGCGAGCUCUCUUGGUGGCCGAACUGGUGGUGGUGCGGCUAGCAAGCUGGGUGGCAUGACUCCGGGCUCCUGUGCGGGCCUGAGCAAGCUUGGAGGGCAGACUGCUAGCAAGGCCCCGAGCACUCUGGGGGGACGGUCUGCUGCUGGUCCUUCUGUGGGCCACGGCCGCGGCCCUGACUUCGGCGACUUCACAGGCGAGACGGUUGAGGCUGUGGAACCGCCCCCUGUUCCUGCAAUGCAACGGCCUGCGAGAGCCUCUUCUGUGAAGUGGCGCAAGCAGUCUCCGUUUGUCUUCGGCGACAAGGUCUUCUUUAAGUGUGAGUUCUGCCCCUUCCAGAUCGAAUGCAGUACGAGGAGCAUUGCCUCAGGUGUGCGAAAUCGGCAUUGCACCAACCAUCAUGGCGGGCGAGGUCUCCCUGGCGCCCUUCGCGUCGACACCUCAUCCUUUUGCAAGAUCAAGGCAGGGACGGCCACAGACUGGAUGUGCCCGUGCUGCAGGUACGGCCUCCCUGAAGGUGCUAAAGCUGCGCUCUCCAAGAGCGCUUUCCAGGCUGGAGUCAAGCGACACCGGCAAGCUGCUCACCCUGGGGUCCCCAUCAAGGAAUGGAAGUCCCGCAACAUUGCCGUGAAUGUGGGCAAGCCAGCGAAGAGGAGGCUUGCCAACCAGCGACUUCGAGUCACGAUCCUCUCCAAGGGCCCCCCGAAGGUCCCCGUGGGUGCCUUUGAUGUCUUUCGGUGGCCUCAGAUCCACCCUCGGCGCUGGCAGCUCCAAGGCCGGAAGUGCAAGCGUUUAGUGCUGCGACUCACACAUGCUUUCCGAUGCAAGGGUUGCCUGUGCUCAUUUGGGACGGCUCUGUCUGCAAAUCGACACAACUGUCGGGGCGCCGAUGAGAGGGUGAGAGUGACCACCAAGCGCCACCUGCGGCGCCUCAAGAUUGAGGAGCGCCGCUCUGCCAAGCUUUCGCAUGGGUUCACCUCUGCCGAGCAUGCCAAGCUCUUCUCCAUCGCGCGGGAGUUCAUUUCGGGGGGCGGGGCCGCAAAGCUCCCAGCAAUCAUCAACCUUUUCUGUGAGAUGGGUGCACAUGUCAUGGUUCCAGAUCCUGCUCGAGCGACUGCGGUGGCCUUUGAGUUCACUUGUCAGGGUGCCCCUAGCAAGGUCCUUUUCGUUUCUCUUUAUGGGCAUGCUUGGGAUAAACAGCUUGCCACUGAUCAUGCUUUUGCUGUGGCCAGCGCGUGCACAGCUUGUGCCACGAACUGGCUGGCUUUGGGUGACUUCAAUGUCGAGGAGGAGGAGAUGGCCACGCGGCUGGUUGGGGCGCAGCACAGGAGCCUCGACGAGCCGUUCUUGUGUGAAGGACCCCUCCCUCCUACUUCUGCAGGAGGUCGGAGAAUCGACUUUGGAUGGGGGUCCUGGAGCAUGCCCGCGAUCGAGCUCCCGUCUGCGCCCGGUGUGGCGGACCACACUGCUGUCAUGUACGGCUUCGACCUUGGGCUCCACUCGGGCUGCCUUGGUCCUCCUCGUGUUCGUUGUGGUGAUCUCUUGGAGGCUGAGGUGUCCAAGGAGGCAUGGUGCGCUGUCUGGGAGGAGCACAG